AUGCUCUCUGCCUCCAAUCCCGCAACGUUGUUCGUGCUACGAACGAGACAAAUAAUUCGCAAACGUCCCUGUCGCGUUUCAGCUCAUAAACACUACGCCAGCGUCGUCACACCGUCAGGACCGUCAACGACUAGAGACGUCGUAGUGGUUGGCUCUGGGGCAGCUGGUCUCACAGCCGCCCUGCGCUGCCAUUACAGAGGUCUUCGCCCAUUGAUCGUCGAAAAGUCAAGCAAAGUAGGUGGAGCAACAGCGUGGUCCGGAGGGGCGGUGUGGGUACCCAACAAUACAGUCCAUAAAGCCGAAGGCGUUCGAGACAGUGAUGAACAAGGCUUGCAGUACUUGAAUGCGCUGGUCGGCGAAUCUGGACCGGAAUCUUCAGAUGCUCGGAGGAAAGCCUAUGUGCAAAAUGCAAGGAAGAUGGUUGACUUCCUCAGCGACAUGGGCUUCAAAUGGCUUCCCUCAACAGGCUACCCUGACUACCAUCCCAAUCUUCCUGGAGGUAUGGGGGGAGGUCGCACUAUCGAGAGCGCUGUGGUCGAUCUUCGAGCGCUCGGCCAAUGGAGGAAACAUUUCAAUCUCAGCUCAAAUUAUCCGAUGCUCCCACUCCAUGUUUUUGAAGCAGGGACGGUGGCUCUUGCCGCUGCUCAGCUGAAAGGCUUUACCGCCCUGACGAAAGUGAUGCUUCGUUGGCUGAGAUAUCGUCUCCUUCUGCAGGAUCCCGUCACAAUGGGACACGCCCUCGCAGCGCGCCUGCUCAAAUUGAAUUUGGACCGGAACACCGAAAUCUGGAGAGAUGCCCCAUUGCAACGCCUUCUCGUGAGUUCAGGCCAGAAGAGAGUGGAGGGAAUAGUGGUAAAGCGUGAUGGAAAGGAUGUCAACAUCAUGCCAUCUCAUGGAGUCAUUUUGGCCGCCGGAGGAUUCGGCAAAAAUCAGGAAAUGAGAGCACAUUACCAGCAACAGCCCACGAACCCGGCAUGGUCAUCGGUCCCAGCGCACGACACGGGAGAUGCUAUCAGGGCUGGCAUGGAUAUUGGGGCCGCGACGGCUUUGAUGGACGAUGCUUGGUGGGGCCCGAGCUUCUUUGACGACACUACUCAAACGUCAUAUUUUGGCCUCUGGGAACGGUCGCGUCCCUAUUCCAUUAUCGUCGACAAGGCUGGUAAAAGGAUUUUUAACGAGGCCGAGUCAUACGUUGAUGCGACUCACGCGCAAUAUGCACGGGACAGGUCGACCACAGCGAUUCCAGCGUGGUUGAUUAUGGAUUCGAUUUAUGCGCGACGCUAUCCUCUCGCCACGAUGGGACCGCGGAAGUCUGCUCGCCAGGCACUGAAGUCGGGAUUUCUUUACCAGGCCAACACCUUAGGAGACCUUUGUGACCAGAUUGGAGUCAGCAAGGAUGGUCUCGCAGAGACCGUGCAACGAUUCAACAACAUGGCCCGCAAAGGCCGUGACGAAGACUUCAACCGUGGAGGCUCAAGCUAUGAUAACUACUUUGGAGACACCGCUGUCAAACCCAACCCCAACCUUGGUGCCAUCGAGAAGGCUCCCUUCUACGCUGUCAAAGUAUUCCCAGGCGACCUGGGGACGAAAGGUGGGCUCCUGACAGACGAGAACGGACAGGUUUUGGCUACGGACCAAAAACCUAUUCCGAAGCUAUAUGCUAGCGGCAACACAACGGCCUCGGUCAUGGGUCGUCGGUACGGAGGCGCGGGGGCAACUCUUGGUCCCGCCAUGACCUUUGCGUGUCUAGCCGUUGACCAUAUUGCCCAAUCUUCCAAGGUGUAA